AUGCGACCGCCUAGCUCUACUUAUACCUCCAACGAAUGCAAGAGACGCAAAAUCAAGUGCAAUGGCGAAACUCCUUGCCAAAGAUGCGGCAACCUCAACCUGGCGUGCUUGUACGCCCCCAACUGCUGCUCCAACAACUUCAAGGACUCGGAUGAGUUCAAGAGCAUGACGACUCAGAUGGCCCGGCUACAGGAGCAGGUUGACAAUCUCUACCAAAGCAUGAAUGCCCUCCGUUCCGAAACGCUGCGUCUUGCGCCCAUCCAAGACAAAGUAUUACCUUUCCCUUCGAGCACCGUCCAGGCGUCACCAGCCAGCUCGCUGUCUUCCGUCCACCGGCCCGAGUUGACCAAACCAAAGCAGGCACCCUUCCGUGGCCCUACCAGCAUGGCCUUCAAUAUGGACGUUGCAAACAACACCAUCCACAACAUGGGCUACAAAGGCAUCGGGGAUUCCGAGGACCAGAAUGCUCCGUUUGCCAUGCCCGAGGACAGCCCUUUUCGCCUUGGACCCCAGGAGAACCCCACUGACCCCUUAUGGAACUUCACCCAGGAUGAGAUGAUUCGUUUGUGUCGUCUUCACGAGGAGGAGGUUGGCAUCAUGUACCCUGUCAUCAAUAUUCCGUCUGUCAUCGAGCAUGUUCGCAACCUUUGGUCUUACAUGGAGUCGGCAAGGAAGCAAGGCGCCAUGCCGUUAAUCAAUGAUGACAAGACUCUUCAGCUCAAGAUUGUCAUGUGUUGUGCUCUCGUGGUGGAGGAGCACGGUCACAGCGAAAAAGCCAUCAAGCUGAUCGAUAGCAUGGACGCCGUUGUCAACCGCAAGCUGAUGGUGGACCCUGUCGACUUCACCAGCCUGCCAGCGCUCUGUCUGCUCGCUGGCUACAAGUUCUUGGCCAACGAAGAGAUCGCAGCAUGGCGCGUCAUGGGUCAAGUUACCAGACUGUGUUUGGAGAUGGGCAUUCAUCGCCAACAAGGUCUCAUGGCUAUCAAGGAUGAGGAAGAGCGCAAGACUGCCCUCAGCAGUUUUUGGUCGGCCUACGUUCUCGACAGAAGGUGGGCUUUCGCAACGGGUCUGCCAUUUGUUGUCCCGGACGAGGAAAUCGAUCCGGACUUGCCGCUGCCUGAGCAAUUCCCAUUUCUGGCUGCCAUGGUCACCUAUUCAAGACUGGGUGCCAAGGUUUGGCGUCAAGUGGCACAUUUUGGCCCUGUUCUUGCCCGAGAACUCCACCAUGAGGAUAUGGAGCGGUUGGACCAGGAAAUUCUGUCCUGGUACGAGACUGUGCCUGAGGAGGUUAGGAUGCGCAACUGGGAUAAGGACAAGAAGUUGAACAUGACCCCGUCUUACAACCUGCAAAGGCUUCGGGUUUGGACCUAUCUUCGUUUCAACCAGAUCCGCACUUGGCUUUACACCCCGAUCUUGCAUAGCGCUACUAGCAUCAUGAGCCACACUGUCCAGGCCCAACGCGUUGUUGACUUGGCGAAAGAUACGAUUCGACUACUCAACCAUCUAAACAACACCACAAAUAUGUACCGCAAAAUCCAGGUCUUUUACCAUCAAUUUCUCACCUCGGCCAUCUCUGUCCUCUUCCUGGCUGCCGUUCACGCCCCGGUCAAGUUUAGUGCCAGUGUCCGCGAGGAGUUUUAUAUGGCUCUAGAACUCGUCAAGGAUCUAUCUGCGAAGAGUUGGGUAUCCCAGCGUCUGUGGCGCACCAUUUCUUCUCUCAAAGAAGUCGCCCCAAGCAUCGGCCUCCGCAAUCAGGCUGACGAAGACCCACACAACUCUGCUGCGCUCGCUAUGGCUGGGCUUGCGACCGGCCGCCUGUCAACAGACCCAGGACCCAUCGCACCAUAUGGCCGCUCAAUGGCAUCGGCGGCACCUGCGAUGCCACAACCGCAGCCAACGUCCAACAUGGAUGGCAUUCCAUCACCAAGCAACGGGACGCGUAUCCAAACCGAGAUGAGCAGGAUCUUUGAAGGCUAUAUGGGACUAAACGGCUACUCUACAGGGGAUGACAGCUUUGGAGGAGUAUCCAGCGCGGAGUUGACCCCAACGACAACUGGCAUGCCGAACCCCUAUGUUGACAAUGUUUUUUACCAUUUCCGGGAGAUGUUCUAA